CUCCUGGUGCACGGGCUUCCAUCCUUAUUCGGUUUUCUCUUGCCGCAAAUAACCGUUCGUUGGAUUCGCUGAGACAGCCUUGAUACUUUAGCGACUUCUCCGUCCGUUCUGUUUACUUUCGCAAUUCGCUUGCUCUCUCUAGUGUGUGUGUGUGGACUCGAUCGUUUGUGUGUGUGUGUUGACAUGAUGAGCCGCUCUCCUCGCUUACCGCCGGUUCGCUCUGUUUCUUUGCAGAUGAUCGCAAUGGCGAGUCGAGUGAAGUCGAGUGCGAUGUUGAAGAAAACAAACAGUCAACCGUCGCUGCUCUUCUACGCCAUCGCCGACUUUGAACCGAACGACUCAAUGAUCGGUGCUCUUCGGCUCGAACGGGGAGAUGAGGUGGAGGUUUUGAAGCGGGACCCCAGUGGAUGGUGGUGUGUGUCAGUACAGGAAAAAACUGGAUGGGCUCCUUCAACGUUUUUGAGCAUAUAUCGGAAUACAGUGAUGGGAGGAGACACGGGUGCGACUGCCAUGGGCAUCGUGGAUAAGUCACAGCCGUUCAGAGACAACGAGCAUGAAGAGAACGGGUAUCUGACGUUGCAUAGAAGGAGAAAUGCGCCAUUCUUAAGUGAAGAAGGGAGUAAUGUUUCUUUAUCCGCAAAUGAAAGAGAGGACGACGUCGAAGAUGUAGAUGAAGCAGAAGAUGAAGAUCCCUAUGUGGAUCUGGAAGGAACAGAUAUGUGUGUUGUCAACAGGGCUGGCAUUGCAGUGGACGAUGAAGGUUACGUGAAGAUUGCUGCAGUUCCACUGCCUCUUCCUGCUGUGUCAAGUGGUUCAUGUCCACAGCGUAUUACAUCUACCGGAUCUUCUAUAGACAGCAGUGAAAGCUGUCGCAGUCCAAGUCCGACUAAUUCUUCAAUUGGUGACAACUCACCAUUCCCACCAUCUCCUAAAAGAGAAGUGCAGUCAAAUUGUCCCGCUAUUCCACCCCGUAGAUUGCCACGCCAACCAGUACCCAAACGUCGGCCUACAGAACAACUAUUUACGGUUGGGUCUGUGCAAUUGAAAGGAGGAUUGGGGAUUCGUUGUCAGACAGUAGACAAGAGAUCAACCGAGGAACACAAAUCUUCCCCUAAAUUUGUAAGGUCAUUGACCGAUAGUCAACUGUUAAAUUCUUCUUCCCCUGCAAACGCCAUGAGCAGACAUAUGAUUGAAGAAGUACUGCCAGAAGACGAGCCAUUCUGUCUUCCACAGAGGGAACCACCACGACAAAUACAAUCAUCACAAAACGACAGAAGAAUUCAAUGGACUGCCCAAUCGCGAGCUCCAAGAAAGCCCAGAAGAUGUCUAAGUGAUGACACUGUAAGACUAGCGGCACCAGAUAUUUCUCCUGAGGUUGAUCAUCAUCGCUCAAGCAUGCCAUCAAGUAGAAUUGUUGGCAGUUACGCGGCUACUAUAGGAAACAUGCCAUGGUUUCACGGAAGGCUCAGUAGGCAAAAAGCAGAAAAUCGUCUAUUAAAAGGCAAUGUUAACGUUGGAGACUUUCUUGUUCGAGAGAGUGAGUCCCAACCGGGUAAUUAUACAAUGUCUGUUAGAAGCAUCACAAGUGAAGCAUUGCAUUUCAAAAUCACCGUCUUGAAUGGAGGAGAGAAAUUUGCCAUGGAAAACACACUCUUCAGUAGCAUUGAAAAGAUCGUCGAGUUCUAUCAGACACACGAUAUCUUUGAGACAGAAGGGCAGCGGCUGAAGCUCAAUAAACCGGUCAAGAAACGAGAAGCAGUAGGGUAGAGAACAUUGUUUAGAUGUAGAUGAGUAAUAUUCAAAUAAUACCAGCAUGUGCUCUUUAGUAAAGAUGGACAGCAUGUUGUAGAUUUAUUAUUAUGGCAUAUUUAUUCAACUAGUUUCUGAUGUACAAUCACCUGCUGCAUAUACUAUAUAGUAGUUGAAUCAAGAAGUAAUAGAGUUGAUCUUCUGAAAAGACUUCCAUCUUUUGCAAUAUUGCUUCAAAUGAUUUGUACAAUUUGUCUCGCUGAUAAUCAAACUGU